UCAACUCAAGCUUCAGCCCAUUACAGUUGAUCACUAUAAUAAUGAAUGGCUCUGUGGGGCAUAGGGUUAUGUAGGAUCACUAAAGAGUUAUAAAACAACAAGCAUACUUUGUGAGGUCUGAGAGACUGCAUAUGGAAUGUUUAUUGAUUAAGAAGAGUUUCAGUUGCAUUUUAAAAGAUUUAACAGGUGAGGCAAAGAAAGAAAAGUAUUUCAGGUUCAGGAAACAGCAUCAGCAAAAAUGUAGAGGUAGGAAAGUAGAAUAUGUUUUUGGGAAAUGAGUAGACUAUUUUAGUUAAAUAGUAUAUAGCAGGAAGAUAUAUAUAUAUAUAUGGUAAUGAUAGAAAGCUUGUGGGAGAUAAGAGUUUGGAAGGCUAUGCAUUUCAAGACAAGGAGCUUAAACCUAAUUUAGUAAAUAAUAAUAGGGAGCUACUGAAAAUUUUUCUUCAGAGGAAUUACAUUACCAGAUGUACACAGUAAUAUGAAAGUUGACAAAAUUCAGAGUUGGAAGAUAUCUUGAGAUAGACUGGAUGACUCUUAAUGAAUUAGCUUAGUUCUAUCAGAUAGAAAUAAGAACCUGUACUCCAUAUUUGAAUGGUAUCCAUGAGAAAAGAGAGUUAGAUAUAAGAAAUUUUGCAGACAGUGCAUCAAGAUGACUUGGCCUUGACUACUUAUUAGAGAGAAGGAAGAGUCAAAAUUACACUGAAUAAAUGAAUAAAUGGUAGCUUUGCCACUGAAAGAACUAGUGAUUUUGUGGGAAAGAUGAUAACCUUCAUUUUGGACAUAAAGAGUUUGAGAUGCUUGUUGGAACAUGCAACUGGAGAUGUCUUUUAGAUGUAAUUCAGAAAAAAAAAAAGAUAGGAGCUUAACAAAUCUAAUGGGGGAAGACAACACAAAAAGAAGUUGAAAAGUGUUAGGAGAGAUGAGGAACUUGGACAGAAUGCAAGGGAUGUAGGGACAUGGUAUUCUGUGGAUGUUGAUGGAAAGUGGAGUUCACAGCCAUCUGGCACGGUAGGCUUUGGAAAGAACAUGUCCCUUCCUCUCCAGCCCUCCAAUAGGUGCAGAGAGGAAGCUGAUGGAAUAGGGAAGUAUUGAGUAUCAUGAACUGAGUCACUUCAUGGUGAUGAUAUUUCAGAGGAUCAGCUUAACUUGGAGGAGUAUUAUAUUUCCUGGAGUUAAACUAAGCAGAGGUGCUGAUAAAAAUGGAGCAAAACUUGGAUAACUCUCCAAUAGGAUUGUUCAGAUGAGAGGUUAGGGCCAAUAGCAUUAUAUAGGAGCUAUCUACAUUGAAGUGAUAUCACAAUUGAAGUUGUCAUUGUAAAGAAAUCGACAAGGAAGGAAAUGGAAAUUACUCAACUAAUAGCAUUGAUUUAGCAAGUACUUUACUCUAAAUGACUUUUUUAUCUGUCCAAGGGAGAUACCCUAUAUAAAACAGUUUUGGAGAAAAAGACUCUACAAGGUAAGAGAAUCAGAAAUGGUUUCAUAGAGAGAGUACUGGGUACUUGUGCUGUGCCUCAAAAAACCUAGACAGUAAGUUUAGGAGGGAUUGUAUUCCUGACUGGGUGAUUGUACAUAGGCUCCAAAAAGAGAUGAAAUAUUGUUAAUGGGAAACAAGAAGAAGGCCAAUUUGACUGGAACUUGGCAUGCAUAGAAAGAAGUAAUGGUUAGUGAGGCUGCAAUGGUAGUAAGGGCCAAGGAUUAAACCUCUGGAAAGUCUCAUUUAGAAAAACAGAAAAGAGGAAGAGAAACUAAUAUAGGUAGCUGGAACUGAAUGUCUUCAAGGAGAAGAACCAAGAGAACAUUCAGUCUCAAGUGCUAUAUAAGAUGAAGAAGAUGGGGACUGAAGAAAGAAAUUGGACUAAGCAACUGAAAUAUCAUUUGUUUCAACGUUAUAUACUUUUAUAUUCUACCGGUGGUGUUAUAUGGCUUCAAGACAUGGAACACAACAGUCUCCGAAGAACUGGAAGUGAAUAUCACACAAAGGGCAAUGGAGAGGUGCAUGGGCAAAACUUAGUCAACAUGGAGGCAUCAGAGGUCGACAGUCCCCCAAAUCUGAAUUGUAAGAUCAUGACUUUCAGACCUUCUAUGGAUGAAUUUAGAGAGUUCAACAAAUAUUUAGCAUAUAUGGAGUCUAAAGGAGCACACAGAGCAGGACUUGCUAAGGUGAUCCCUCCAAAAGAAUGGAAGCCAAGACAACGCUAUGAUGACAUAGAUAACUUGGUCAUUCCAGCUCCAAUUCAGCAGAUGGUCACUGGACAAUCUGGGCUAUUUACUCAGUAUAACAUUCAGAAAAAACCAAUGACUGUGAAAGAAUUCAGGCAAUUGGCUAACAGUGAUAAGUAUUGUACUCCAAGAUAUUUAGACUAUGAAGACUUGGAACGCAAGUACUGGAAGAAUUUGACCUUUGUGGCACCAAUCUAUGGAGCAGAUAUCAAUGGAAGCAUAUAUGAUGAAGGUGUGGAUGAAUGGAACAUAGCUCACCUGAAUACCAUUUUGGAUGUUGUUGGAGAAGAGUGUGGUAUUUCUAUUGAGGGUGUAAAUACACCAUAUCUCUAUUUUGGCAUGUGGAAAACUACAUUUGCAUGGCACACUGAAGAUAUGGAUCUAUACAGCAUUAAUUAUCUUCACUUUGGAGAGCCUAAAUCUUGGUAUGCUAUCCCUCCAGAACAUGGAAAGCGACUUGAACGGCUAGCUCAAGGAUUCUUCCCAAGCAGCUCUCAAGGGUGUGAUGCAUUUCUUCGCCAUAAGAUGACGCUAAUAUCUCCUUCAGUAUUGAAGAAAUAUGGGAUUCCUUUUGACAAGGUUACUCAAGAGGCUGGAGAAUUUAUGAUCACUUUCCCAUAUGGAUACCAUGCUGGUUUCAAUCAUGGAUUCAACUGUGCAGAAUCUACAAAUUUUGCUACAGUCAGAUGGAUUGAUUAUGGAAAAAUGGCUAAAUUGUGUACCUGUAGGAAAGACAUGGUGAAAAUUUCGAUGGAUAUUUUUGUGAAGAAAUUUCAGCCAGACAGGUAUCAUCUUUGGAAACAAGGCAAAGAUAUAUACACCAUCGAUCACAUACUCCCCACUCCAGAAAUGACACCAGAAGUUAAAUUGUGGCUGCAGAGGAAGAAAAUUAAAAAGCCGUCAAGAAGCAAUAUCUCUUGUAACAGCCUCCAGCAUACCAGAUCUCGAUCUAAAAAACUUAAAACUCCAGAGGAUGAGAGAACAUCAGCCAUGGCAGUCGGUACAGAAAUUGUAGCCAUUGAAGCAACAACAGAUGGCUUGAAGAUCAAUGAAAAGUCAGCAGAAAACAAGGAGUUGGUAAAUACAGCAGUGCGUUCUGGGGAAGAAAGCAUGAUUAAAAGGAUGCAAGUGGAUCAGAAUUUAUUGGAUAAUAUUAAAGUCUCAGAAAGAAGUGGCUUAAGCACAUCUUUCUACCCUGAUUCUGUAAAGCCGGAAAUAAAACCUGAGGAUGAGAAAGUGAAUUCCACUAUUGCUGCUUCUGAUCCCAUGGAAUCUUCUGCCUCUAUGCCUCUCUCUUUGGGAUGUAUAAAAGAAGACAAUUUGAAAUCUGAGAGAGAAUGUGAGCAGACUGUUUCACGACCAAAGUCAUGUGAGUCUGUCUCUUCUGAAGCCGAGAGCCUGGAAAAAGAAGAAAGUAGUAGCAUCUCCACCGAAGAAGAUGACAGUGACCUAGAAAGCAGUGAAAGUGGCUUAGAACCGGGAGAAAUCCCAGCUGUAACCAAAGGAGAAAGAAAUGGCUUGAAAAUUCCAAGUUUUUGUAGUCAGAGAAGAGAAGGGGAAACAAAAACUUCCAAGAGUUGGCGCCAUCCACUGAGUAAACCUCCAGCCAGAUCACCAAUGACUCUGGUAAAGCAGCAGGCAGCCAGUGAUGAAGAACUCCCUGAGGUUCCAUUGGUUGAGGAAGAAGUACAAGAAACUGAAUCCUGGGCCAAGCCUCUUGUCUACCUUUGGCAGACCAAAGCACCAAACUUUGUGGCAGAGCAAGAAUACAAUGCAGCUGUUGCCAAAAUGGAACCAUACUGUGCCAUUUGCACUCUCCUAAUGCCCUACUAUAAGCCAGAAAACAGUAAUGAAGAAAAUUAUUGUAGAUGGGAUACUAAAUCCAGUGAAGUGACUUCUGCGGUGGAAAAGACUAAGCCACUCAUUCCAGAGAUGUGUUUCAUUUAUAGUGAGGAAAACACAGAACAUUCUCCAUCCAAUGCAUUCAUUGAAGAGGAUGGAACAAGUCUUCUGAUUUCCUGUGCAAAGUGUUGUGUACAGGUUCAUGCAAGUUGCUAUGGUGUUCCUUCUCAGGACAUCCGUGAUGGAUGGCUAUGUUCUCGUUGCAAGAGAAGUGCAUGGACGGCAGAAUGUUGUCUCUGUAAUUUGAGAGGUGGUGCACUCAAACAAACCAAGAACAAGAAGUGGGCCCAUGUAAUGUGUGCAGUUGCAAUUCCAGAAGUUCGAUUUGUUAAUGUCACAGAAAGGACACCAAUAGACAUUAGCAGAAUACCUUUACAAAGGUUAAAAUUGAAAUGCAUCUUCUGCAGACAGAGAGUUAAAAAAGUUUCUGGGGCCUGCAUCCAGUGCUCUUACGGACGCUGCCCGGCUUCCUUUCAUGUGACCUGUGCCCAUGCCACGGGGGUCUUGAUGGAACCUGAUGACUGGCCUUAUGUAGUUAAUAUCACAUGCUUUCGACACAAGAUCAACCAGAAUGUGAGAUCCAAAGCUUGUGAAAAGGCAAUCACUGUCGGUCAGACUGUCAUCUCAAAGCAUCGGAACACACGAUAUUAUAGCUGCAGAGUAAUAGAGGUGACGUCCCAAACCUUCUAUGAAGUUGUAUUUGAUGAUGGCUCCUUCAGUAGAGAUACUUUCCCUGAAGACAUUGUGAGCAGAGAUUGCUUGAAGCUGGGCCCGCCUGCUGAGGGAGAAGUUGUUCAAGUCAAGUGGCCUGAUGGAAAACUCUAUGGUGCCAAAUAUCUGGGCACCAAUGUGGCUCACAUGUAUCAGGUUGAAUUUGAAGAUGGAUCCCAGAUUGCAAUGAAGAGAGAGGACAUUUACACCUUAGAUGAAGAGUUGCCUAAACGAGUGAAAGCUCGAUUUUCCACAGCUUCAGAUAUGCGGUUUGAAGACACAUUUUAUGGAGCCGACAUAAUUCAAGGAGAAAAGAAGAGGCAGCGGAUGUUAAGCUCCAGGUUUAAAAACGAAUACGUGGAUGACCCUGUGUACCGCACUUUCUUAAAGAGUUCAUUUCAGAAGAAGUGCCAGAAGGGUCUAUAGAGUUACUAGGCCACCCAGAGAAUCGUAGCAGUGUACACCAAGGAAGGAAAGACGUGACAGUGGAUGACCAGCCGUCAUUGUAACAAUACGCUUCAGUGAGAUGAGGGUCAGGAUGUGUCUUUUGAGGAUAAUGAGUCAGACUUCUAGUUUUGGCCACAAAGAAAGUUUUAAUACACACUCUGGAUUUGGCACAUCAAUUUAAGAUCAUUCCCAAUCUCCCUCUCACCCACAAGCAGUAAUUUUGUAUAAUUUCGGAUCCACUUUCCCUAGUGAGAGGGAACAGUAGUCAAUACAGAUAUCAUCUAAAAAGAAACUCCAAGUACGGAAGAACUCUGGACAAAACCUGACUUUGAGCUUUCAGGCAGGAAAAUUUGAUUGGACUCUCUCUCUGUCUCCUUCUCCCUCCCCUAACCCCACCAUUUCCACUCUUCUGAGGUCUAGAAGUCUUUAUACGAAAAGAUAGGAAGAGAGAGAUUUGAAUAUUUUCCACAGGCAGGGAAGGACUUUAACUUGUUUGUUUUAAAUGGAAGUUUUUAUAAAACAUUUUUAAAACAAAAGGCAGCAUGUCUGGUGCUGAGACAUUAUGCACCUGUGCUGUACUUGUACAAAGCUGUUACAUUUUUUAUAUCACUCUUGCUCUUGAUUGUGUCUAUUGGGGACUGCGUUGUUGGCCUUUGUGAAUGUUUUUUGGCUUUUAAGGAAAAAUUCUUAUGAAUUAUCUGGGCUUUUGUUUUGUUUUGUUUUGGGGUUUUUGUAUAUUUAAAGAGGGAAAUUUGGGGCAGUUAUUUUUAAACACUUUUUUUUUUCGUAAUGCUUAUUCCAAAUAGAUAUUUGUAAAGUACAAGUUUCUUUCAUUAUGUGUUUGUAAAAUUAGAGUUUAAAUAUAUAUAUAUGUAUAUGUAUAUACAUAUAUAUGUACAUAUAUAUAUGUGUAUAUAUAUGCUUACAUGGCUAGUUUUGAACUAAUAUAAUGAUUUUCCUUUUUAAGCAGCCUGCAAAUGUACUAGUGUUUAAAAAUAAACAAUUCCAUUUUGCUCCAG